AUGAUUUCGAACCUAGGGUGAGCAGGAACAUCUUAAGAUUCUGAUCGUUUGGUUUGACACCUCAUUACCUCGGAUCGCAGAAAGGCGACGAAUCACACCAUUCGUCGCAGGUACAACCCCGCAAGCCCCAGAAAUGGACGCUGCGGCGCAACAAGCCGGCCUUCAAAGCCUCUUGUCUCUGGUCGACGAAAUACUCCUCUGCGUAAUCGAACAGAUCGAUUCCAGCCAAAGCCUGCGCUGCCUCGCCGCAACUUGUUCCAAGCUCCAAGGUCUUACAGAACCCUUUAUCUGGCGAAAGCUCCUCGUCACUCAGGGCAAACAUGCCUACAAUAUAGCCCAGGCCUUAACAUCUAGAGAGAAACGGUUGUCAUAUGUCCAAGAUCUCUCCAUAUGUUAUGUUCAAGAGCAUGAGACGGGAAUUGAAUACCUAAACGCCCCUCUGUAUCGAAUGGAUAAGCUCCGUCACCUAACAGUAGAGUCACCCUGCCCGAACAAUAACCCUUGGAGAGGAAAUGAAGUAUCAUUCAUUAAUUACUGCCGGAUCGACUAUACAGCCUUGAUAAAGGCCUCUGGGAAUCCUCGGAAACCACUUCCAGUUCUUCCCAUGUUGCAGUCGAUGACACUGCACGGCCACGGACGUGGAGACACUAGGUUCAAGUUUGGUCUAAAUGCGUUGAUUUUUCUUCAUCCGACCUUGCGACGCCUUGCUAUUUCGUGUUCCAAUUUCGAAUCAAACUUUUCCAUGGCCGACAUACCCCCAAACAAGCUCAAGUCCACGCCUCUUCAAUCAUUGACAUUCAUCGAAUGUAAUAUCUACCUCGAUCUUCUAGAAGUUGUUUUAAGCUUGCCUCGUGCUCUCAAGGAGCUCUCGAUCGGCGAGCGACUGUACGUCUUCGUGCUUUGCUCUCCUUCAGGUGCUCCCAGAACAACAGACACUCGGUUCCUGGAUAUCCUACAGAAGCAAGCCGAUUCACUCGAGCGACUCACUCAUAUUGGUGGCACUAGGUGCUCUCUUUUUGAGUACGACAGUAGAGGAAGCGCUAAAUUACGCAAUCUCAGGAACCUCCAGCAUCUAGAACUCGGGUUAGAAUCACAUCUGUGCAAGUACCUAGACCAACAUGGCUGUCCAGAUUCCCUCAAAACGCUCAAGCUCUCAGAUCAAUCUUGGACUUGUGCAAGAGACAGCUCCUACAGCCAGCAUUUCACUCGGGUCAUGCGAAACGCCCGACUCCUGGUCCAAAAAACGUCAAAAGCGUUUGAAUUGGACAUAUGCGCGGCGCACAAUUCCCUCACCCAUUGCUGUCCCUUGGACAGAAUCCCAACACUUUGGAGGCUCCAUGCCUUCCGGAAACCCGUUUAUGAAAUUGGAGCAGUGCUCAAAGCCCGGGGUUCCCGAUUCCGCAUCUUCGGGCAGACAUUCAGAGACCAGGUUACCUACAUUCCUCCGUACUUGCACGGAGAAGAUAGACCCAUAGAAGUGUUGAUGUACGACUCUAAUGAAGUUUGGAUAUUCAAUGGCAGGAACUUCCAGAUUGUGGAUGAUGAGACUUUGGGCAAAACUGACCACUUAGAUAACGAGGCAUUACAGCUGCCUGUCGCUUUUUCGGACGAAGACUUUGAGUCUGCAAUUGCGGAAGCUAUUGCUGAGCUUCAUUCAGGUGUAGGAUAUGCUCUACAGGGUUGAUUCGGGGAAGAAUGUGGGUCGAAGCAGUACUUGCUUAAGGGAAGAUGAUCUAGUCAGGAUACGGGAUGG